AUGGGAAUAAAGGUUCAGCGUCCUCGAUGUUUUUUUGACAUCGCCAUUAAUAAUCAACCUGCUGGAAGAGUUGUCUUUGAAUUAUUUUCUGAUGUGUGCCCCAAAACAUGCGAGAACUUUCGUUGUCUUUGUACAGGUGAAAAGGGGACAGGGAAAUCAACUCAGAAGCCAUUACAUUAUAAAAGUUGUCUCUUUCACAGAGUUGUCAAAGAUUUUAUGGUUCAAGGUGGUGACUUCAGUGAAGGAAAUGGACGAGGAGGGGAAUCCAUUUAUGGAGGAUUUUUUGAAGAUGAGAGUUUUGCUGUUAAACACAACAAAGAAUUUCUCUUGUCAAUGGCCAACAGAGGGAAGGAUACAAAUGGCUCACAGUUCUUCAUAACAACAAAACCAACUCCUCAUUUAGAUGGGCAUCAUGUUGUUUUUGGGCAAGUGAUUUCUGGUCAAGAAGUUGUGAGAGAGAUAGAAAACCAGAAAACAGAUGCAGCUAGCAAACCAUUUGCUGAGGUGCGGAUACUCAGUUGUGGAGAGCUAAUUCCCAAAUCUAAAGCUAGGAAAGAAGAAAAGAAAAGGCAUAAAUCCUCCUCCUCCUCCUCAUCGUCAUCCAGUGACUCAGAUAGUUCAAGCGAUUCUCAGUCUUCUUCUGAUUCUUCUGAUUCUGAAAGUGCUUCUGAAGAGAAAUCAAAAAAAAGAAAGAAGAAACAUAGGAAAAAUUCUCGUAAACACAAGAAAGAAAAGAAGAAGCGAAAGAAAAGCAAGAAAAGCGCAUCUAGUGAAAGUGAGGCUGAAAAUCUUGAAGCACAACCCCAGUCUACUGUUCGUCCAGAAGAAAUCCCUCCAAUACCUGAAAAUAGAUUCCUAAUGAGAAAAAGUCCUCCUAAAGCUGAUGAAAAAGAAAGGAAGAACAGGGAGAGAGAGAGAGAGUGUAAUCUACUUAACUCCCAGCCUGCUUCAUACCAGAGGCGACUUUUAGUUACUAGGUCUGGCAGGAAAAUUAAAGGAAGAGGACCAAGGCGUUAUCGAACUCCUUCUAGAUCCAGAUCAAGGGAUCGUUUCAGACGUAGUGAGACUCCUCCACAUUGGAGGCAGGAGAUGCAGAGAGCUCAAAGAAUGAGGGUAUCAAGUGGUGAAAGAUGGAUCAAAGGGGAUAAGAGUGAGUUAAAUGAAAUAAAAGAAAAUCAAAGAAGCCCAGUUAGAGUAAAAGAGAAAAAAAUAACUGAUCAUAGGCAUGUUUCUGAGAGUCCAAACAGAAAAAGUGAAAAGGAAAAGAAAGUUAAAGAUCAUAAAUCUAACAGCAAAGAGAGAGACAUCAGAAGAAAUUCAGAAAAAGAUGAUAAAUAUAAAAACAAGGUAAAGAAAAGGGCCAAAUCGAAAAGUAGGAGUAAGAGCAAAGAGAAAUCCAAGAGUAAGGAAAGAGAUACAAAGCAUAAUAGACAUGAAGAAAAGAGGAUGAGGUCAAGGAGUAAAGAAAGGGAUCAUGAGAAUGUUAAAGAAAAAGAAAAGUCUGAUUCUAAAGGAAAAGAUCAGGAAAGGAGUAGAAGUAAAGAGAAGUCUAAACAGUUAGAAUCCAAAAGCAAUGAGCAUGAUCAUAAUAAAAGUAAGGACAAGGACAGACGUGCACAGUCUAGGAGUAGAGAACGCGAUGUAACUAAAGGCAAACACAGUUACAAUAGUAGAACAAGGGAACGAAGCAGAAGUAGGGACAGGAGCAGAAGAGUGCGGUCUAGAAGCCAUGACCGAGAUCGCAGCAGAAGCAAGGAGUAUCACAGAUACAGAGAACAGGAGUACAGGAGAAGAGGAAGAUCACGGAGCCGAGAGAGAAGAGCAACGCCAGGAAGAUCAAGAAGUAAAGACAGGAGGAGAAGGAGGAGAGAUUCACGGAGCUCAGAGAGAGAAGAAAGUCAAAGCAGAAACAAAGAAAAAUACAGAAACCAAGAAAGUAAAAGUUCACACAGAAAAGAGAAUUCUGAGGGUGAGAAGAGAAUGUACUCUAAAAAUCGUGAUCAUAGUAGCUCGAAUAGUAACAGGGAAAAAAAGGCUGAUAGAGAUCAAAGUCCAUUCUCAAAAAUGAAACCAAGUAGUCAGGACAAUGAAUUAAAGUUCUCAACUUUGAAAAAUAAGGAGGAUGAGAAGACCAGAUCCUCAGUGGAAAAAGAAAACCAAAAAUCAAAGGGUCAAGAAAAUGACCACACACUUGAUAAAAAUAAAAAAUUUGAUCAUGAAUCAAGCCCUGGAACAGAUGAAGACAAAAGUGGAUGA